AUUGGCAAAAUGGACUUCGACACAGUAUUGGAGAAAUGCGGCAAUUAUGGGCGCUAUCAGUUCGUGUUGUUGCUGUUAUAUGGCUGUACGAAUAUUCUAUCAUCGAUGCAUUAUUUUGCACAAACUUUAAUUAGUUUCACGCCAGAGCAUUGGUGCUAUCACGAAAAAUUAGCAAAUGCCAGCAUAUCAUACAUACGUAGCAUUUAUGGGCAAACAGCAAAUCCGCAAUGCACCCUCCUGGAGGAUAUCAUCGACGAUCAGCCGGUGGUCUCAGCGGUGGGAGUCUGCAGGGAAUGGAUAUACGACUAUGAAAGCGAUUACCGCAGCAUCACAACAGAUCUCAAAUGGGUAUGUGACGAUGCAUUCCAAGCUGCUGUGGGACAAUCGUUUUUCUUUGUUGGCUCCAUCAUUGGCACUAUAUUUUUCGGCUUUCUCGCUGAUAGAAUUGGACGCUUACCAGCGUUGAUCUGCACUACACUAACCGGCGCUUUGGGUGAUUUCUUGACUUCCUUUGUCACUGCACUGCCAGCCUUUGCGCUAUUCCGAUUUUUUUCCGGACUGUCAACGGAUACCGUUUUCUAUCUCAUGUACAUAAUGGUUUUCGAGUACUUAAGUCCGCAAAAGCGCACAUUCGGUCUCAACAUCAUAACGGCCAUUUUCUAUUGCUUCGGCUUGAUACUGUCACCCUGGUAUGCCAUUUGGGUGGGCAGCUGGCGUUAUUACCUCUACGUGGCUUCAUUGCCUGCACUCAUUGUGCUCAUCUAUCCGAUCUUCAUCUGUGAGAGCGCGCAAUGGCUUAUAGCAACAGAACGCUACGAUCGCGCGGUGAGUUGUUUGAAGCGCGUGGCCAAAUUUAAUCGUCGCGUGGUUGAAGAAGAGGUAUUCACGCAAUUCAGAACAUAUUAUGAGCAAAAAAUGGCAGAGGAAACCAAAUUGAAUAAGAAUAAAGACACUUUCUGGGGUAUGUUCCGCACACCGCGCCUGCGAAAAUUUACCACAAUAAUGUUGAUAAAAUCCGUCAUCAUUACCAUCGCCUUCGACGUGAUCAGCCGCAAUAUGGAAGGCUUGGGCUCAUCACCCUUUCUGCUCUUCUCGCUCACCUCAAUUGCCUACAUCCCUGGCGGUUUCACGAUAAUACUACUUCAAAAUCGUAUUGGUCGAAAGGGUAUGGCUUUCGGCUCGCUCUUUGUUAGCGCAAUUAUUGUUACAAUAACUGGCUUCUUGAUCGCUUUCCUCGAUCGUGAACAGAACGCUGUUCUGUUGGCGAUCAUGGUUUCUUUGGGUCGUUAUGGCGUGAUUGUGAGUUAUGAUGCCGAAGCGCAAUAUGCAGCGGAAUUCAUACCAACAACUGUGCGUGGCCGUGGCUUGGCUAACAUCCAUGUGAUCGGCUAUGGCUUCGCCUCGCUUAGUUCGUAUAUCAUUUAUUUGGGUCACUACUACAAGCCGCUGCCCUCGAUUGUCAUUGCCGCGGUUAUGAUGUGUGGCGCUCUGCUGUGUUUGGCCUUGCCGGAGACGUUAAAUCAGAAACUACCUGAAACGCUAAAGGAUGGCGAAGAAUUUGCAAGACAUCAACGUUGGUACUAUUUUCCAUGUUUUGAUAGAAGCCGAAAAGAUAAGACGGUUGUUAUCGAAAAUUCGAAUACUCAUUAGAUGAAAAUUUUUGUAAUAUAAAUAGAUUAAUUUAUUUUUUUAACAACGAUAUUAAAUUAAUGGAAAUAAAAUAUUUUAAAUUACGGAUUUAGCUUAA